GCUACAAUAUUAUCAAGAUUAACUUUUUCUUUGUUUCCCACGAGACGUGUAUGCCUAUAGCCUAGUCCUUUCGAUAAUAAAAAAAAACGAUUAGAAAUGCGUAGCUUGGAGUGUCAAAACUGUAUUAGGCCUCCUAUUUUUAUUUCGUGCAAUUUAGUAUAUCGUAACAAAUACGCAUUUAGCGGAACGGUAGACAGGUCUUCAUCCAGAUUUAGUGUAAAUAAACCAAACACAGAAACACUGAAAGAUUGUAUUUUCGGAAUUUAGAUUCUAUUUUUUGGAAAAUAAGUGGCAUUUUAUAGGGUGAUCGAAAAAAAUAACUUUUGUGACGAUCUCUUAUUCAGGGAAAUUAUAUCUAUUUUAUCAGAUAGUCAGAAAAUGAAUAAAGUUUUUACAGAUCUAAUAAAAUAUAGUGUGGGGAAGUUUUACUCUCAAUGAAGGUCAAUCCAAGUGGCUCUCGGAGUAAAUUUCUUCUUCUUCAAGAAGGACUGAAAAAAAUCUACCCAGUUACUGAAUAGAAUGCUGACUCUUCAUGGAGUAAUUGUAUGGUCAAUGUUAUUUUACAGUUCACUCCAACACUCCAGACCAUUAGUCCAGCUUGGUGAAGACUGUCCCGAGUUUGUCUGGCCGGGCAACAAUGUACAAAUAUGCUCCUGUAUAUCAAUUGACAUCGGACCUAAUGCUGUUGAACCCAAUUGGUACUCUUUCGAUGACCGUUUAGUUCCCCAGUCUAAUGUAAAUAACGUAUUGGCCAAGCUGUUUUUGAACUUCAAUGAAUCAGAUCCAUAUCCAGUUUAUUAUUGCUCAGAGAAAUCAAAACGUGGUGCAGACGAUAUCAAGUAUACACCAAAGUUUGUAUAUAUGUCAGGAAAGGUCCAUCUCGCCGUGUGGGAUGAACGCAUAGCAUUUGAUUCGCGACGCCCCACGAUAGAGGUCAACCUUUGUCCUGAACCAUCCCUCUACAUCCUGUGCAAUAUUUCCGUUCAGCAGUUCUUCACCUGGACUACUGGCUUCCUGCGCAUCAACAACGUCACGCUGCUCAACGUCACAUCCUGGGAAGCUGCCUCGAGGUACACUCUGUUUCAUCAGUUCAGACCAACCAGCUCUGGCCAAUUUAUCGUCUCGUGCAACUUGCGUAACCAGACGCAAAAUGAUCAACAUCAGGUGGUCUCCAAAUAUAAUAUAAUAGUCAACGGAGAUUUGUGUAAUAUCGGAGGUUCCUCCUGUAAUGUUUGCCUCGCUGUCAGUACUACAGUCUUACUAGUGUGCAUUAUCUACAUCGUAUAUACAAAAGUCACAUGUCUUCCAAGGAUCAAUAUACGCAAUAUUUGCCGAAGAUAUUAUUCUUCUUUGAAUAUUCAGACAGCAUCUAUCAACUCACGGCAAUCAGAUUAUGGAGUUAUCGAAGACAGCAGAGACAGAUUAACAAAUUCUGUUAUCAAUGAAAGUUGGAGAUUCACUGACGAAGACCACACGGCCCCUUGUCCUGCGUUUCCGAUAUACAGGCCAAGCUACCAAUGAAGUUUUGAAUGAUAAAACUGUUUGAUAAGUAAAGAGAGUGCAUGCCAACUUUGACUUAUGAGAAGUCAGUUCGACCCCUACUAUAGUUGGAUGGUCAAAUAAGAAAAAUGACCAGGAGGAUGGCUGUCACGACGUCAUUUGAAGAGAUUGGCUUGUGUUGCAUUUCCUCUUCACUUCAUCUGACAUGCGGUUCGGAGGAGCUGUUAGUAUAAAUCAAACAGUACUAAGAUAAAAUAGCAUGACACAGUGUAGAUAUAACUGUCAUUUGUUUAAUUCUUUUUAAAUUGAGCUUGAAACAAUAAAUAUUGAUAAAUUGAUUAAUAAUAUAUAAUAAUAUAUAAUUUAAUAUAUUAAUAAUAACUAAUAAUUGUCAUUAAUUUAAUUCUUUUUAAACUGAGCUUGAGACAAUAAAUAUUGAUCAAUUACAUUUCAGAUACUUACUUAGACUUAGACUUAGGUCCUCCCGCGCCGUUCGGCGCAUUGGGCGGCAAGCUGUCUCCAUAAUGAUCUGUCACUGGCAAUGUCUGAAGCUUCCUCCCACCUGGUGUCCACUGUUCUGAGGUCCUCCAUGAAGGUGUGUCGCCAGGUAAUACGAGGACAUCCCUGUUUGCGCUUUCCUCGUUUUUGCUUCCAUGUUAUCGCAACUCUUGGUGUGCGUAAUUCAUUUUGACGUAGAACAUGUCCCGCAAACCUCAUGCGACGCUCAGUCACAACCUCACUAAGUGUUCGACUUCCAGUUCGGCAGAUAUAGGAUACUAUAAAAUUAGUGACGAUCAAAUAGACUAACCAACAGUUUUUUUCUAAACUAGUGAAAUCUAGCUCUCACUCUAUGAGUCCUAACUCUAACUGACCCUGACUACAACUUUCUACAACUGAAACCCCAAACGUCAUCUCUAUUCCUUAUAAUCUCGUCCGCAAAACUUCUAUGACCUUCCUCCCAUGCUCAUGCAUCUUAAGCCUGGACCCUUCGUUUUCCCGCCUUUUUUUUUCACUUAACCUAUCUCGUGCACGUGGUCUGAUCAUGACCUUGUCCUGCUUACAAGAUCCCCACUAUAGGUGGAUGGUCAAGUAAGACAAAUGACCUGGAGGAUGUCCAAGUCAUAUAUAUAUGAUCACGAGGAUGGGCAAGUCAAUGAGUUGGUCAGUCUAUAGGAUGAUUGUUGUUAAAGAAAGUGUCUUUCCAAAAUAAAAGCAAUGACAGCAAGACUGGUAUUUUACAAUCAAUGAUAUUUAAAAAUAUAGAAAAUUCUUUGAAAAAAAGAGAUAAUCUAAGGGAAAGAAUUCCGGUUUUGAAUAAAUAGCCCUACAUUAAUUCAGAGGUUUAAAACAACAUUGUAAACCAGGGGUGGGUAACCUUUUUCUUUCGAGGGCCGCAUUAAAAAAAAUUCGGGAAAGGGGGCCGCAUGUACUUACAAAAUAGAAAAAUUCGCUAGCUAACUGUGUAUAAUGUCUUUUAAUUCACAUUUAUACUGUAUUAUGCAUGUACAUUUCAUUCCUUUUUACACUAGCAAUAGAGGAAAUGCAACAAGAGUUAACGAUCUCUGAAACUCUUUUGACGGAUAUUUGUAUUUUAUCAUUGUCUUUUUACAUCAAAACAUUUCACCACAAAUCUACAGUUAGUUGUACUUAAUGUAAAGUAAUUAACUGUUUACACUCUGCAAAAUGUUUUGGAACUGUUGAACUAGCUUACUAGUUGUUAUCAUUGUGAUGCUGACUGCAUCGACCUGUUCUUACACUUGUUUACUUUCAAACAAGAUGCAGGUUCACAGAUGUAUGUGCACCCAAAUAGUGUGAAAGUUUAGCAGCAAAGUUUUUUUAUAAAGUGUGGAAAUACAGCUUCUGGCAUCCAAACAAAGCCCCUGCGGAAGAAAUGGCUGACCCUAACUUCUCUUACUGGUCAUAAUUUGCUUUGAGGUAGUCUUCUGAAGCUGAAUCCGCUUCUGUAUUAAAUGCUAAGCUGAGGGGAUUGAAAACUGGUUCCUAGUUCUUGACGUCUUAAACUUUGCUUUCAAAUUCCAAAAUCAAGGAACUCAAAAUUAGUCUUGUCCAUUUUAGCCAUUUCACGAGAAAUAGUUUCACCUUUCAGCAAAAGAAAAUGACAAAUGUUUUCCCUUGCCUUGAGAGAUGUGAAAGCUCUGGUUGAAAUGAUUUAAUAUGCACAUACACUUCAAGUGUAAACAAACCAUUUGAGAAUCUCCGAUGCAAAACGAGAAGUCUGAUUUCCUCUUUUCAUUAGAAAUAUUAGUAACAAAGUCACAGUCAAUGUCCUUCAAGGAACAUAAUUUCUUUCUUGAGAUUCCAAAUUCUUCUCAACACCCUGCCCGUAUUAAAUCAGCGGAUACUACUGUGGUACCAAACAUCGUAAUUUUUUUGUUUCCAAAUCUUUAAGUAUUUCCCUGAACUCCCUGUGGUUAAGACCUCUAACUCUGAUAAGUUUGAUCACUUGAGAUAAUGGGGUCAAUACUAUGUUUGAUAUUCAAUGCAGUUUAGAGCUUAUGAUUGCCACAUUGUUCUUUAAUUUGUUUUUCUCAGCCAAUGCACGGACUCCGUCAGUUGUUACACUUGCUGUUUUGUUCCAUGCCAACUUAACAAUUUCAACACAGUUUCUCAUAGUAUUAAUAAAUGAGUUCGUAUCUUUUAGACUAAAUGUUUUGAAAUAAAAAUAUUCGUUUACUUUAAACUUUUUCAAUGACUUGUAGGGACAAUGUUUCUUUAGCCUCUUCAUCAGGAGUGAGAAAAGGAGUCAGAAGUUUCAAUAAUUUAUAUAGAUAUUUAUAAAUAUUUAUUUCUAAUAUAUUUGCAUUGUAUAAUCCGUGAGUACACCUAAUUUCUGUAGGUGUUCGCGGGCCGCAUAAAACACUACGGCGGGCCGCAUGCUGCCCGCGGGUCGUAAUUUGCCCACCCCUGUUGUAAACCAAACACAAUGGAUGCUGAAAUUUCAAAGUUCAUUUCUGCUAUCUAUUUGUUUGUGUAGAAGACUUUUUUUAUAAUUGGAGAUCACUAUACCCGAACAGAUUAGAUUACGGUUGUUUGCUAGUAAGUCCUCGCAAAAAUAUUUUUGUCGUUGAGGAUACUAGCCUGAUGUACGAUGUCUGCUAAAUAGACAAUAGAGAUGGUCCAAUAUUUCUUUCUUCUUGAUGCUUUAGUAGUUUAGUUUAUCAAGCAUUUGUAGAUUGUUUCUCUUAUGCUAGUCUACGUGAAAUUUAACGCAUAGUUUUUCCUGAAUACAGCUAAGAGUACAAUAAAAUAUAAAACGAUAUUAAAUAACAGUAUCAAACAUGGCAAUAAAUUAUAAUAUUGUAACCGAAAUAUUUUUUUUUUGUUGUUGUUUUACUUGAUUUUAUUUAAAUUUGAGGUAAGAGAAUUUGUUUUGCUUUUUGAUUUAACUUAAAUGCAAUCAUUGUGUAAAAGAGUUGAAAGGAUUCUUGUAAGGGAGGCAACACAGGAAAAAUAAAGGAAAAUGUACUAAACACA